GGCUAAGAUGCAAAAGCAGUACGGAAGGAUACCUUUAUGGCAAGUGACCGCGACCGAUUUGGCCAAGUGGCGCCCUGUGUAUGGAGAACAGAAACUUGCAAAUGAAGACACUUCUUCCACAGAAGUUGUUCACGGAGGUGCAUCCGCCACAGCCAGCGCCGACGCGGUCGUCCCCGUUGGAAACCCAGACGUGCGAGGACUCACGUGUGGAACGUGCCGCUUGGAGUUCUCCGACGUCAAGUCCCAACAAGCUCACUUCAAGAGCGAUUUCCAUGUGUACAACCUCAAGCGCAAGUCGAAAGGUCUGGAAUGUGUGAGCGAAGACGACUUUAGUGCGUUCCUUGCUUCGUCGCAGGCCCGACGUCGCCGAUCCGUCGACGCCGGCAACGAAACCGAAGACGACGCUCCCCACCCCUUGGACAUCUCGUUGAGCAGCGACGACGACGACGACGAUGAAACCAACGUUUUGACCGCGAAGGAACCGUUGCAAGCGUUCACCGAUUCCACCGUCGUGUACAAGGUGUAUAACGCGGCAUUUUCAACGUGGAGCGACAAGAUCAAAGGCCCUUGGGUGGCCUCCAUGGACAUGCUUCAGGCGCUCACCCAGCCAUCCUCGACGUUCCAGUGGGCGGUGCUGCUCUUCCGAGCAGGUCGAUUCGCGGGUGCUGUGUUUCGGAAAGACAAGGUGCUCGUGCACAAGGCCUUUCAACGCUACACGACACGACGCAAGCAAGGCGGAUCGCAGUCUGCGCACGACGCUUCCUCUGGGAAGGCCAAGUCGGCUGGCGCGCAGCUGCGUCGGUACAACGAGGUAGCGCUACAGCAAGACAUGGUCGACCUGAUGCAGUCAUGGGCCACGGAACUUCGUGGAUGCGACCGUAUCUUUCUUGGGUCUGCCAAGACGUCUCGCGGCCACUUCUUUGACAAGACGGGGCUCUCUGCUGCCGACCCUCGGCUGCGCCUGGUACCGUUUGGGACGCUCCGACCAACCUACGACGAGGUAUGCCGUGUCCGAGCGGUGCUGGGCAGUGUGCACUUUUCGCCGUAUCGCGCGUCCGAGUUUGAAGCCAAACCAAAACCCAUCUCCGCUUCGGUUACACACCGUCGCCCAAAACACGUACCCGACGCCGCCCCUUCCCCCGCCGACGAAGAAGAACCUUCCGAGAACGUUCCCCUUCCACCCCCACCCCCGACACCAGAACUCAUCCAAGCAGUGGAAAGCGGGGAAGUUGCCUCGUUGACGGCGCUCCUUGCAAACGUCGACGUGAACGCACAGCACACGGACGGCUCGGCACGCACCGCCCUCCACGUCGCCGUCCAGCUCAACCAGAUCGCGGCCACCGAGGUGCUGUUGCAGCAUGGCGCGAGUCCGUGCGCGCUGGACGACCGCCAGCGGGUGCCGUAUGUGCUGACCACGUCGAAAGAGAUGCGCAAUGUGUUUCGUCGAUUCCGCGCCGACGCGCCGGACCGAUGGGAUUAUGUCGUGGCCAAGGUUCCAGACGCGCUAACGGACGAGAUGGAAGACGCCCAAAAGGCGAAAGCGAAGGAGAAGAAGAAGCGCGCGGCCGAGCGGAAGAAGGAGACGAAGGCCGUGGAGGCCGAGGCAAAGCGAGUCCAAGAGGCAGCUGCUGCCGACGCCGCCGCCCGACGUGCCAAAGAGUCGGCGUGCGCGGCGUGUGGCCAGCCGUCGGGAACACAACCGUUCUCGCGACUCACGUACUUGUACUGUUCCACGACGUGUGUCCAUAACCACAAACGCCAGCUUAUGGCCGAUGCUGCCUUGAAACGCUUUGGAAAUUAAGGGUGUCCAUUUCACGAGCAAAAAUCCUUAAUAAUACAAGCAUUUUUCAAAUGUGCUAUCGGAAGGCACUUGU